UGACCACACCACAGCGGGUCUUACAUUUUUUCAGUAUCGUUUCUCAACUACUGCGUAGUACAUCUCCACGGCCUGCCACUAAAGCUCGAUUGGCGGAUUAUUGUUCAGUUUUGGUAGCAUCCAUCAAUAUUUGGCGGUAACUUUAAAUCGAUUCGGUUUUAGAUGAUAAAAAAAAAUGACGCCCUUCUCAAGAUGCAUCUCAUUACUGGUAACGUUCAUGAUGUCCAUUAAAACCGGACAAGCAGACACCACAUCUCCCUCGUCAUGGGCUAAAUUGCAAAUUUCUCCUGAUACGCUCGUUUCCAUGGAACACGGCAGUUUUCGCGUCGAUAUUUACGAACACGCAGGCAAUCACAAAGCGACUACGCUUCCCAAUCGCCACAAAUAUUUUUACGCUCCUAUCGCUCUACUGGACAGCAAGGGAGCCACCAGUUCGUUCAACAACGUCACGAAAAAGGCGGAAAUGCGCUGAAUCGAAAUGUGGAACCAGGAAAUUCAAAAUAAAGUCGUCGAGUAUUUAGGCCAAGUUCUCGGUCACAAAGUCAAUAGCCACCAAGUGCAAGUCAUUCCAUUGGAAAAUGUGAUUUUGGCCAGCACGUCCUCGUCAACCAUCUACACCUUGUCGACCGACUGGAAACCCUGCCGUCAGCACAAGUCCCUUUGGUUCGCUUUGUCUUGCUUCGACAUAAAUGACUGUAAUCAACUGGCGGCCAACAUGCGCUCCAAUCCCGAACAAUUCGACCACUUCAAAUUGCUUUUCAGUUUAUCGUCACAGACGUCCAAGACGAAGGAGACGACCAUCCGAAUUGAUAACAUUGUCUCCGGCCAAAUGUUCAACGAUCUUCUCCAGCGAUUCGGCCAUGAAAAAGAUCAAGUUUUCCUAACGGCCAACGACGAGAAACGACUCGUCAUGGAAACGGCCACCAACAUUUUUGUGGAAAGCUUCGACGACUCGGAUGUUGUAUCCCAAAAUUCAGAAUCGCAAGUCUACAACGUGCUGAAAAACCUUCUCGUCUCUUCGAGGACAACCAUCAAAGAGCAGAGCGACAAAAUGUGGGAAUCCGUUUUCUGGAACGAAGACAAUUACCGGCCAGACAAGACGAGCAAAACACUAAACGAAAUGUACAGCAAAUUGGACACGGAAAAUCAGAAAAAGAUGGCGGAUUCUUAUCAAAAGUCCAACAAAGUUGGGGGAAAAGUCGAGGCAAAUAUUCCAGAGAUGUUUUCUGCAGGCGGGGAAUUCAAUACAGAAUUCGCUGAUCAAGGGAUGACGUCAAAAGAGGAUCUAGACAAGUUCUACUACGAGAGCAAAGACCACGUCGUGUGGAAUGGCGAAAAAUUCACUCCAAAACCGUUGGCACUUGGCAGAAUCAACUUGUCUCGACUAAACGACACGCAAUCGCUGAGGGAUCGCAAAGUCAGUGUUCGUUACACGACUGCUGUCUUGUCCACUCCUAUUAAUUUCGUGCAAAACGCUGAGCUGACUACCACCGACGAGUGGCAAAUUCUCAAGGACCAAGUCAAAGAAAUUCGGGAGCGUUUAGACGAAACUGCAAAACAUGUGGCGCGAAUAAACACCACGGUGUUUCACGGCAUGGCAAAUUUGACAGCAUUAACCAAAAAUACGACAGAAACUGUGCAGCGUCUAGAGCAAACUGAAAAUCAUCUCGCGCAAAUGAACACCACGGUUUUACAUGCCACAGCAAAUUUGACAGCAUUAACAACAAACAUGAACACUCCAUCGACCAUCGGAAGAAUGCCCGAAUCAUGCGCAGACCUACGGUUGAUGGGUCACAUAAGAAAUGGAUUUUAUUCCGUCAUGGGAAAGAAACAUCUCGAAAGUGUCUACUGCGAUUUCACCUAUCAAGGAAGUAAUGAAGAUAAAGCGUGUGGAGGGAAGAUUUUUGUCGUAGAUUCAGUGGUCAUUGACAUCCCAUCUCUGCAUGGCGACGAAUGCUUAUGGGACAUCCAGACGGAAGACGAUCGCAUAUUGGCCUUCACUUUGAUCAACGAACGUUUCAAAGAUGUUCAAGAUUACCUGACAGUACAUGACGGAGUUGGGAAGGACUCCCCUAUCCUUCAAAUAGAAAACCAAAUGAAGUACGAGGCAUCCAAUAAAGACUUGCCUCCUGCCAUGUACACUAAAUCUUCGGUGGCUACAUUACGUUCUCGGGGAACUAGAGCAUCGGUUUUGCAGCUAAAAAUUCAAAAGGCGGUUCGAUGUCCAUAUAAUUUGGGAACAAACACCAAAUGUGGUCGAAUUGUAGACGAAAUUUCUUGCUACUGCCUAAAUGGUGCACAGCUAAACUGGGAUGGCCAAAUGAAUUUUUGCUACAAGAACUACAUGAAACUUGUCUCUCUGGAGUCUUACAAAGAAGAACAAGCAAUUCUCUCCACUUGGGAUGUGCCGCAGUGGUCGUCUCUUAGUGAUGCAAAACAAGAGGGAAAAUGGGUCUGGGAAACUACUGGAAAACCACUUAUACCAGGUUACCAGAAUUGGGGGGCGGGAGAACCAAAUUCUUUUGCGGAUGAAGUAGACUGCAUGGCUUUCCGGAAUUUGGAAAGGGGAUGGUUCGACGUUCCAUGCGACAGGAAAUUUUCUGGUACAUGUGAACUUCACCCCUAAAAUAAUUUAGCAGCAAAAAUAAGGCGAUUGUAAAUUUUGGCAAGCUAUUUGUUUUGCUGUAUCAAGAAAAACAUUUCCUUUUGUAGCCUGAACUGAGUUUUAUGUAGGGGGAGGGGGGAUCGGGUGAGUCGGAUUGAUUAUUAUUUUUUCAUCACAACUUGUCGCGGGAUGACCCGCUCUAUUUGCGCUAUUACAAAGAGACAAAAAUACAAUGUAGGCUAUA